UGUUAUCCAAAGAGGAUAAAUACCACAUGUGGCUGCUUUACGGAUGAAUAAGGAAUAAUCUUGGGUUGUUUUUCUCCCUUGCCAUCACAAAUGAACUCAACAGUGCGAGUCUGUCUAAUGACAAAUAGUACUCCUAAAUUCAAUGUUUUCCUUGUCUGACGUCUCCCUGUUGUGUUUAUUUCUCGUCAAAGUCUGCUUAAAUUCUCUGCUCAGGAGCUCAUCGAGGUCCAACAGCCUACUGUAACUUCUUCAACAUGGCCCUCCUCCACUUCUCCCUCCACAGUCGUCGUAGCCGUGGACCACACAAAACUAUGGGCUAUGAUCAGGUCUGCGGCUGGAGCACAAAGGACUGGAUUCAAGAGGAAAGCAGAAGACCAAACUCACAGCAAAAGAGCUGCUGGCUUCUCGCCCUCACUUCAGAGCUCUGCAUCUCCUCCACACUCGUCCUCCGCUACAUCUCUAACACCGGCAUCCUCCUCACAGAUGGCGGUGCUUUUGGCAUCAGGUAGCGGGGCUGAAAAGAAAGGCAGGAGCAGCAAAAGCCAGUCAUCUCAUGUGGACUUGGAGACUGAAAGCCUCCUGAACCAACAGUCCACAAAGGAGCAGAAGAGCAAGAAGGUAAGAGAGAAGAUUAUCAUGACUAAUUAAGUUUUCAGACGCUUGGUUAUUUAAUUUAUCCUAUGAGUUCAUAACAUUCUCGAUUUGUUGAUGAAGAUCUUGAGAUGCAGUUAAAAGCUCCUGAAAAAAUAUUAAAUUAACAUUAAUUUAUCACCUUUCUGUUCUUGAAGUCACACUGAACUAAAUUUUAUUGGUUCUCCAUUUUGAGCAAAAAUAACUGGUAAUCUAAUUACCAAUUGUGUGCGGUCUCCUGAGAGUUGCCGGUUUUAAGCAGCAACUGGAAAAUAUCAACACAUCUUUAGUAAUGUGACACUAAGGCACGUGAGCGGUGUGUACAUGCCAAGAGAGGCCUGUGAAAUAUUAAUGAGCAGGAAGGCCAGAAGCACACUGGGCUGCAAGAACAGGUGCAAGCGGAGCGAUGGGGACUGUUGAGGAAACUCUGAAGUGUCCCAUCUGCCAGGAUUUCUUCACUGAGCCUGUUACGCUCCACUGCGGACAUGACUUCUGUCUCACCUGCAUCCAGGCUGUCUGGGAAACAGAUGUGUCCAGAGACGGUCCUUUCUUCUGUCCAGAGUGUCAGAUAUUUCUGCCCUCCGACCUCAUGCUGGAGAUAAAUACCAGCCUUCAGACCAAAGUAAAGGACUUCACCGGUAACAGGGCAUCUGCAGCAGAGCCACAGACAGCAGCUCCAGCUAAAUCAUCUUCAGCUGUCCACUGUGACCACUGCAUAGAGACGCCAUCGGUCGCCAUAAAGACCUGCCUGACCUGUGAUGCCUCACUGUGCCAGGCUCAUGCCCUCCUGCACCAGCAGAGAUCUGCUCUGAGGGAGCACACAGUGGUGGAGGUGACCAGGGAUCCACUGUCUCUGAAGUGCAGGGAGCAUCGUGAUGAGCUGAAGCUCUUCUGCAUUGAGGAAAGAGUCCCUGUGUGCUGCUUAUGUGUCCUGGUUGGCCUCCACAAGCACCACAAAGCACUUCAACUGCAUGAGGCCAGUGCAGACUUUAAGAAAAUGUUGGAGACCACCAUGAACCAGCUACUGAAGAGGAGAAGUGAAGCAGAACAUGCCAUCAAGGACUUGGAGUCACUGUAUACACAAACAGUGAAAUCUGCUGCAGAUUUCAGGGAGAGAAUCUCAGAUAAGUACAGCAGAAUCCGUGUGGUUCUGGAUGGUGAUGAGCGUCUGAUGAUGCAGAUCAUAGAUGCUGAGGAGACGUACAUGACGGAGUGGCUGGAGGCACAGAGGGGAAUAAUGGAAGCACACAUCAAAGAGAUAGAUAUGUUUAGAGCCUCAAGAAAAUCUCUCCUCCAGGAAACAAAUGAUCUGCAAUUCCUACAGGUACAUCAUAACGUAAUUUUGUCAUAUUGCCUCAUCUUUUCUAUCCAUCCAUCCAAGUUUAUAGGCAAAUUAAACUAGCAUGUACUAUAGAUGCAGGAUAAGCUACAGGACACAUUGUUCAAGUGUUAAAAGUCUCCAGAGAUUGUUUUUGUUUUGUAAAAAGACGGACAUUGUGAAAACUUGCUGUGUCCCUUUAUUAAAUUAAGAUAUGGGUUUUCUUAAUCAAAACAUUUCUAGCAAUAACAAACAUUGUUAUUGUACUGAUUCAGGUCCAAAAUGACUUGAACAGCUGAGAGUGUAUGUUCUCAAUGUCAAAUAAAGAAGAAACUCAGCAGAAGAAACAUAUCAGGAAGGCAAAUCUGUCUACUGUCUACGGGACUCACGAAUUCAACUUAAUAUCUUAGGUUUAUUGAAUUUGCUUCAUUAAGUUCAGUUCAUUAGACUAUUUUACAUUUAUGGUGACAUACGGUGACUCUGACCAAAUCUUUCAAAUACAGUUAACUUGGAUUUUUAAGGCAGCAGUGGAACUUAUAUUUCUAAAUGGAAUUAACUUAAAAUAAUUUACAGUCCAAGUGCAUGUUUUGUCAAUAUGUUAGUGUGAUUGUAUUAAAGUGUUGAACAAAUGCAAUUAAAAUGUUUUCUGCAUUUUUAUACAAACAGUAAUGCAUAGUCUUUUUAUUUUCAAACAGCAAAUCACAGCACAGAACCUUUGGUGAGUAUUUUUACUGACUGCUCUCACUCUUGACACUAAAGCAUAAUUGUAUAUCAUUACCUUUCUUUGCCUUCUUAUGGUAUGAUUUCUGUUUUUAUUGGAGUGAUCCUUUGGAUUUCGCACCAAUCCAGGAAGUAAACAGGGAUCUGUGUGACCCUGAGAAGCUGAGGACAGUAGAGAGGCUGGUGGAUGACCUCUCAGUGGCACUGUCCCAACACUUUCCACGAAUGUGGUCAUAUCUAAGUUCUCCUGUUUUAGACUCCAAAACAGCCCAUCCAAAACUAGAUAUAUCCCAGGACAGAAAACAGGUGAACUGGAGACAGCAGCCUGUUGGUGAAAGACUGGACUGCCAACCUUAUGACUCCCAGUAUAGUGUUCUGGCUCAGGAGAGUUUUAAGAAAGGCCAGCACUACUGGGAGGUCAUUGUUCAGGACAAACCCUUCUGGAUGAUAGGUGUGACCACAGGGUCCAUCGAUAAAAAAGACAGUCCAAGUCAGAAUUCCUCCAGUCUGGGUGUGAACAACUCAUCUUGGUGCAUCUACUACGGAGAUGGACAGUACCUGGCCUGUCAUGACACUCAAGAGAAGCAGCUGUCUGUUGCAAAGAGAGUCAGAAAGCUGGGCAUACUGGCCAACCUCCAGAAGGGGGAGCUGUCAUUCUACGAUGCUGACGCUUUUACUCUGCUUCACUCUUUCUGUGUGCAAUGUGCAGAGCCUCUUUACCCCGUGUUUAACCCUUGCAUUGAUAUGAAUGGAGUGAAUUGGCAACCUCUUACCUUGUUUUGGAUCAAGGACCCUUGGGAUUGGCAUGGAGACACAGAUGGGGAUAAAAGAGAAGAAACCCUUGAAUGACUGUUGUGAACAUGAAAUCAGUAAUUAUUCUGUUUUGCUCAUGUAAAAUUACACAGUGGAAAUGUCCAACAUGCUGUAGAAGACUUGUGUGUGUAAAAAUGACAUGACUGUCACCAGUUUCACUGCCUUCUCCCUUGUCCCAGGUAAAACUAAAACCAUGAUUAGGGAAUAUAGUGUACCUUCCCCACUGGGACGUUACUGCAUAGACUAAGUUAGACAAUUUAUCUUCUGGUUACUAGUGGGAAAGGAGAGCACAAUUUAAGGACAAUGUUAUGUGAUGUAAUAAUUUCACUAUAUUAUUGUGAUUUUAGAAUCCAGAUUGUUGCAGAUUGUUGUAGAAAGCUUUGAAGAAAAUAAUAUUUAAGAAUAUGCAUUGUAACUUUUUAGAUGACGUCUAUCGGUGUCUACAGAUGUACAGCAAAUAUUUCAUUAGGUGGUAUCAGAUGCCCAGCACUUUUGUUCUAUGGCAAAGUAUUUGCAGCUUAGCAGCUCUCGAGUUUGACUCGAUGUAGUUCAGGAAGUGUAAUGACCCGGGUGUAAACUACUGGCCUGUUCUUUGUGCAAACGUCCCCUCAGCUCACCGGACCAUUGAGGACAUGCGUGCCUUCAGUCUCACAUGUCAAUGGGCUACAGAGCUGUUGCCCUGCAGCAAACAAUACAGCCAGUGAGAUCAAAUAACAUGGUCACAAGACUUAGCUCUGUGAUUUGCAGCUAUUCAUCCAACGUGGUUAUUGAAGGUCCAUAUUCACAAGUCGGAAAAUGAACAGUAACAUUUGGUAUUUGUUUAUUGAAAGGCAUGUUCAUGAAAAGCAAGAUUACAAAGGCCGCUGUUACCUAUUGUUUCAUUGUAGUGUUUUUUUUUACAUUACUUUCAAAUACAACCACUAAAAAAACUGCACUCGAUUAAUAACAAAAUCUGAUACUUUCACCCUUAAAGAGGUCAGGGCAGCAACAUCUUCAAUUUAU